GCGCGGCCGUGACGUCAGCAAAACGCGCCGCCGCCGCGGGCGCCCAGUUCCUGCUUCGGCUGAUCGGCCGCUGCGCCCGCUCCUCCGCCGGGGAAGGGAAGCCAUGGCUGAUUACUGGAAAUCUCAGCCCAAGAAAUUCUGUGAUUAUUGCAAGUGCUGGAUAGCAGAUAACAAACCGAGCGUCGAUUUCCACGAGAGAGGAAAGAACCACAAGGAAAAUGUGGCGAAGAAAAUUAGCGAGAUUAAGCAGAAAAGUCUGGACAAAGCGAAAGAGGAUGCAAAAAUGGCAAAGGAGUUUGCAGCCAUGGAGGAAGCGGCCACAAAGGCCUACCAGGAAGAUUUGAAAAGGCUCGGACUGAAGGCAGGUAGGACCCAAGACUAUCGGACGGAAGAGCCGUCCUCAACUUACAACUGUUCGUUUAGCGACAAUUCAAAAUGGGACUGAAAAAAAGGGGUCUGU